AUGUUCGGUACAUGGCAAUCUUGUUGUGAGGACUGUGGCGUAGCCAAAGGAGGUUUCAGAUGUUCCUGGUCAUUACGGGAAUUACAUUAUCAGGAAGUUGGCUUUCAGGAGAAGAUUGUUUUGUUCUUUUCGGCGUUGAUGUCCGCUCACGAGGACGUUCACGCUCAAGGAGGGGGCGACUGUCACGUGGUACCACGUGACAUCAUCUUUUCCCAUCAACGAGGUUCCUUUGGACAUCAGUUCGCCAUCAACGAUCCAGUUCUCAUGAACUUCACCACCCACAAGGGUAAUAGGAGGCUAGCUUCGUUGAGGACGAAUAAAGUACGAAGUUAUUACACCCAGAAGUUAUUGUCACCUGUUUCAUAUUUCGAACAACAAGGUUUUCAAAGGUCAGAGCCCACCAAGUUAUUGUCCGUCGGUCCUAGGAAGUUGACGAAGAAACCACCCCGUGACAUGAAGUCCAAGAAACGUUGUCGCUCCCCUUCCGCCCACGACGAAGUAACUCCUCCUUCGGCAAAACGGGUUAAAGAGACACCUUGGUCCUCUACAGGACUGGCGGGAUUGUCUCCCUCCACUCCCCACGAGCCAGGGAGUGCUUGCAAGGCAUCGUUGCGAGAGCAGGAGAGGUUAUGGCAGUUGUUCUCCAAUGAGAGGGAACGAUGGGAGGUUGCCAGCAUAGAUGAGUCGUGUGAUAGGUCCGUGAAAUUAUCACAUACGGGAGAACGAAAUGGCCGUGUUUACGACCGGUCAAACCUCAUAAUUGCGGCUCCCGUUGUGCUUCUUGCACGUCUGGGCCCUGCUCGUUCUGUCCCCCCAACACCGCUCGGGGCAUCCCUCCUAGAUCUUCUGCUCCUCCCGGGCCCUCGUACACUCCGUCCACCGCUGUCCGUCGCCGUCUCCCCACAGUGUAAGACGGGGACUAUCCUUUGCGCUCCCCUUCGGCGAACUUCUCCUCUCCCGGCCCUACUUUGCCGUCACCCGCCGCGCGUCCCCCGCCUACCUUUCCUGCGGCUGGGCCGUCUCGUCUCCCUGCCACUCCUUCGGCAGGUUCCGUCUCGUCAUACUCCUCGUCGUGCUUCUUCCGCCGCCCUUCGGCCUUCUACUCUUGCAGCUGGCCCAUCUCGUCUCUCAGUUGUCCCGUCGGCCGCUUCGGCCGCUUCGUCUCGUCCUACUCCCGUCUCAACACAAGAGGACUCUCCUCUAUCACUCCCCCCCGCCCUUGGGACCCGAAGCCGUCAACCAUCUGUCCCUCCUGCCACUGGGCUCUCAACUCCUGCCCCUCCUGUACAAACUCCUCCUUCGAAGUCUCCAAAAGGGAAAGGAAAGAAGAAAGCCGUCCAAUUCAAACCGGCAGUGGUGGACAAUGAAAGUACUCAGCUACCAGGGGAAAUCCCUCCUUCCCUCAACCACCCCACCAUCGCUAUCGACCCUCGGAUAUAA